GAGCAAGAAAUACACGACGCCUGAACCGUUUAGGCAUUUACUGCUUCCAUCAUCCAUCCAAAAACAUAUACAUUCAAUCAUGGACGUUGAUGCCGAAUUCCAUACUUUUGUCAUUGAUGACUUCGGGCCGUCAGUACGGGUACAGGUGCCGAGCACCGCCGAGGGCCUCGCCCGAUUUAACCAAGCAUUUCUAGACCCACAGAAAAGAGCCUAUGUGCAGUAUGUCGACUUUCAUAUCGUUCUACCAACAAUUAGUCACAAACGUAUCAAGAAAGUUCAGAGCAGCAAGGAGGCAGCGGAAAAUGACGCGAUAUUCACAAGAGCUAUUGUGACUUUUCUUUGCCGGCUGGCUAAGUGGGAACGUCGACGGUACGGUCCUGGCAUCAACCUGAAAAUCGCAGUGGAGUCGCCAACGGACAGGCUAGUGGAGGAGAUGGAAGAGGAUGGCGAACUGAGGAACACUCACAAUCACCGGACUGCGCCAAUAUGGCAAAUAAGAGACCACUUUCGCUACCUGCGUUUCGACCACAGUCUCUUAUCACCAUCCGCCUCGGGCCUGGCAAAGCUACCGCAGGUGCCGUGUGUGUCUGAGUUCGAGUUUGACGGUGGGCCUGGUGGACGAAACUUUCACCCGGACGCAAUUUCCGCCAUAUCAAGCACACUUGUAUCUGCUAGGAAGAUGGAAUGGAGAUUCAGCCUCCCGACACGCCGACUGAUGGGUGCCCGCAGGGAGAUCCGAUCUUGCCUUGGGAACGCCCUACUCAAGACAUCGUUCCCGAGCGUGAUGGAGUUCAGGAUCAAGGUCGACGACAGGGAUCCCAUGGACGAAACCUACAAUAUCGAAUCUUUACUGGGUAAUGAUGAAGAAGCAGAUACCUUGUCUCUAGGCAUCCGCCGCUUGUGUCAACUUCCCACCCUUCGACAACUACACUUGGAAACACUCUGGAUCUUAUCGCCAGUAGCGUUUGGGUCUCUUGAAAACCAGCCAGAUAUCCAUUGCCCCUCGUUGGAGUACCUUUACGUCGACUGUUCAACAUCGACGCCUGAUGGUAAAUACAUGCUUACCGGGGACCAAAGCAAGGCCUUGGCCGAUGAUGGUGGGUAUGGUCUCGAGCACGACGAGAAGAUCGCUACCUUCGAUUCGGAUGACUCCGACACCUCCGAUUUUCAACCAGAUUUUGAAUGGUCUAGACAGGCUGGCGAGUUUCCGGGACGAUGGUAUAGAUACACACCCGAACCAGAAACGUUUACAGCCAUGGCUACAUCAUUUGUCGGAGCUGUUGAUAGGAUGCCGUCAUUACGUCGGAUGGACAUUCAUUUUGGCGGUACGUCAACGACAACGAGAGCGCCUUUGGACAUGUUGUAUUUUGCACCUGGUGAACCAAAUCGAGGUGCAAGUCAGCUCAAUGGUCGCAAAGCAUUUGACGAGGAAAACGCAGGCCGUCCUAGGUGGUUCUUCCUCGGAGGCCGCAAUUUUGACAAAAAAUGGGAUAUCUCCGAAGAGUUAAAGGAGGCGUGCCAAGGAAGGUCUGGCCUAGGACGAGUUCAUUUUGCUACGAACUGAUUUGAGCAGAGUUCCAAGGCCACAGUAUCUAUCUCCAUCAACUAGUACAUUGACCCUUCCGCUAAUAAAUCGCGUCACUCCUAUGAUAGAGUGUUCAUACUCCUUCUAUAAAACUUGAA